UGACCGGUUACCACGACAAUGGAUCCUCGCUGGGAUCGCGGUGGCGAACAUUAUUUCCUAGAGCCUCUUUACGAGUACGCUGACAUACAUCAAACGGAUCCACGAGUUGUCGCGGUCGAUCCUACAGCAACCCCCCCUCGAAAUAUCGAGCCCUUCAAGCUUCUUUCCACUCUCCCAAACGAACUUUUUCUGCACAUCUUUUCGUUUCUUCCCACGAAGGAUCUGAGCCAUAUCGUACGCACGUGUCGCCAUUUUUGCGAUCUUGCGCAGAAAGAGUUGUACAGAAACCUCAUCUUCCGGUCCUUCAACCCUCACGUCAUCCUUAACGCCGGAAUCUGGUCCAAACCUGCGUGGAAUAAUGUCCCCCACCGACUCACUGCAUCAGCCAAUAGUGCUAUACUGCUUCCUCAAAUUCUCCGACUCGUACCGCGUCUCACCCAGCUACGAGAACUUGUUUUCCAGGGCAUCGAUUUCAUACACACCAACAGCAGUGAUCUCUAUGCUAUAUUUGACAGUGUCCCCAACUUGCAGAGACUUUCGUUUAUAAAGUCUCACCUACCGCGGUGUCAGACAGCCAGCUUUUCGCAUCUGUCGAUUACGCAGCUAGACAUGCUGUUUAUUACGUGGGAUCAAGAGCAACCGACACAUCCACAGAUACCCCAUGGGCACCAUUUUCUACUAGGGCCGACCCAGCAGGCCCAUGUGCAUGGACACGCUCACGGAAACAUAUUCCACAACCCUUUCAACAUCCAGAACCCGUUCGCUGCGCUGAAUCCACCCCAGCACCACCACCUGCCGAAUCACCAGCAGAUGAUGAACAUGAUUAUCUACGGCGGCCCAGCUCAUGGCCCACCCAUACCCCCGCUGCCGCCGCCACCGCCACCGCCGCCACAAGGCGACCGCCUCGGUGCGCUCAAACUCCUUGCGGUUCCGACCAUCACCAUCCUUCGCGUUGACUGGUCGGCCGAGAAUAUCGCGUAUGUGUCGCAACACACCGAUUUUCUCACCAGCCAGACCCGCCUGCACACCCUCGAGCUGCGCUGCCUGGACGACUCCCGUGGCCCCCUGCAUUUCCAGCAACUCCUCGCCAAGGGCGUACGGCGCCUUGUGUUCAUGCCUGAUGCGAGGGUGCGGAGUCUCCGUGGCGCGGACUUAUCCGGGCUGAGGCUUUAUCGUGGCCCUUCUGAUAUGCUCCCGGUCGUUAUGGGCGGACGGGCGGUGCCCACGACGGGUUCGUACAUAUCCGCAGCAUCGUUUUGGGCCCCGCAGACGUACCCGUCUGGUGCGUCGUCGCUUCAGCAGAAAGUGACGCCCGUCGUGUCGGGCAUCAGACAUGUCAUGCUCACGACGACGUUGGAUGCGGCGAAGCUUGCGCCGAUGCUGGGUAUGUUCGCUGGGGCCGAGCAGUUUGAGUCGUUUGAGCUCAAGUUGGCGAGGUGGGAUUUGGAGGCUCUGCAUGCUGCCGUAUAUGCGUUCCCGAAUGUGAGGGAUUUGAGGAUCAAGUGGACGGGCGGGGAGGGAAUUGACGAAAUGACCCUCGUUUCGUUCUCGCCUCUGUUCUUGUCAAGGCUGUGUAACCUUCGGAUUCUGCACUUGUACGACAUGUCCAUAAAAGAGUAUGUUGUCAGUGAUGGGUUCGAGUUGAUCGGUCCGGGGAAACGCCUAGCGGGACUCGUGGAGGUCAGAUUGCAGUCUGGGGCGGUUUGGAAGAGGGCGGCGAAGGAUGAAUGGACUUUGAGGAAGGAUUUUGUCGAGUAGAUGUAUCUGUAGAGAUCCAAAACCAUCUAAUGUACAUAUGUACAUAUAUUUGUAUUUAUAAUGUGCUCUUAAUUGAUGCAGACACUGUUGGUUAGUAUGUAGUCAUGGUAAGUAGAUAAGUACUAUGAUAAAUCAUUUUAUACGCGC